AGGAUAGAGCUUUUCUUCAGACUUCUCUUCGUUACAUGGGGUGUUCAUUAAUGGGGCAACUGCACGCUCACGGGUUAGAUGCAUCACUGGAGGACCGGGCAUGGACCGUUUCUAUGACAACAUUGUCGAUAUGAUCGCAUACAAACCAUUUCCCUGGAUGAAGUACUGCUGGUUGUUCAUCACGCCACUCAUCUGUUUGACGGAAAGACCAUGACUGAAGAAACAGCUCCUGCUGGAGGCUCGGGGCCAGAGACGGGUCAUUCAAAUGAAGGGACUCUGCCGAGGGGGAAAUGGGCCAACAAGAGGGAGUUCAUGCUCGCCAUGGCUGGACUGGUCGUUGGCCUCGGGAGUUUUGUUCGUUUUCCUUAUCUGUGCUUUAAGAAUGGAGGAGUUGUCUUCUUCAUCCCUCACUUUGUGUGCCUCUUCUUCUGUGGCUUCCCUGUGUUCUUCCUGGAGACGGCACUGGGCCAGUACACCAGUGAGAGCGCUGUGACGGCCUGGAGGAAGAUAUGUCCCAUGUUCCAGGGGGUGGGGAUUGCAUCCCAAGUGAUGCUGGCUUAUGUGAACAUGUACCACAUCGUUUUGUACGCCUGGGUCAUCUGCUAUGUGUAUUACUCCUUUCAAAGCCCGUUGCCCUGGACUACAUGUGACAACUCGUGGAACACCCCCUCUUGCCAUGUUCAGUCUCAUUUGGUCAACUGGUCAGCCCCACCCAUAUUUGACUCACCUGACUACGACUUCAGUUACGAGGGAGAAAUUAACCACAGAAGUCCAGAAGAAGAGUUCUUUCAGAACAAAGUAUUAAGGCUGUCAUCCGACUUCAUCGCAAACCUGGGGACGGUACACUUGGACUUAGCUGUGUGUCUCCUGCUUGCCUGGAUUUUGUGUUACUUCUGCAUCUUUUUAGGAAUCAAAUCUGCAGGAAAGGUAGUGUACGUCACUUCUACAUUACCCUACCUGAUGCUGUUCAUCCUCUUUAUCCGUGGAGUGACACUCCCAGGAGCUGGAGAAGGACUGAGAUAUUACCUCUACCCUGACUUCUACAUGCUCGCACAACCGUCUGCUUGGCGUGACGCAGUGUUUGAUGUGCUCUUUUCCAUCUACUCAUGUCUGGGAGUACUGACCGCUCUGGGGAGCUACAACAAAUACAACAACAACUGCUACAGGGAUUGCUUGCUACUGUGCUGCCUGAGCACUGGCACCAGUAUCUUUGCUGGUUUGGCUGUGUUCUCAACACUGGGAUUUAUGGCUGCUGAAAUGGGCGUGGAUUUAGCUGAAGUUGCAUCAAGCGGUAUAGCUCUGAUCUUUCACGCCUAUCCCAGGGCUCUGUCGAUGGUGCCGGGCUCAAACUUCUGGUGUUUGUUCUUCUUCCUCAUGAUCCUCGUCCUGGGCCUGGAUAGUCAGUUUCUGAGUGUGGAGAGCCUGGUCACAGCCAUCGCGGAUCUGUUCCCACGUCACCUGAGGAAGCCGCGGGCCAGAAUGGUACUGGUCCUGGUCACCUGUGUUGUCUUUUUUCUACUGGGGCUGCCAUUCAUCUCUGGGGGAGGGUCACUCCUCUUCCAUCUGAUGGACUCCAUUGGUGUCAGUGGACAGGGCAUCCUCUUCAUCGUCUGUUUUGAGACCACCAUCAUCGGCUGGGUGUAUGGUGCUGACCGUUUCUAUGACAACAUUGAGGACAUGAUCGGAUACAAACCAUUCCCCGUGCUGAAGUACUGCUGGUUGUUCAUCACGCCGCUCAUCUGUUGGAUCGUACUGUCAUAUAACCUAACAAUGACAUACACACUCACGGUGUACGGUUAUCAGUACAGCAUCUGGAGCCACAUCUUAGGUGCAGUACUUCUAAUGAUUCCACUGAUGUGCAUCCCGGUAUUCCUUUUUAUCAGACUGUGUAAGAAUCCUGAAAACAUGACCACACCAUCCAGCGAUCUGCGUCAGGCUCAGCCCCACAAGCCAAUUCUCACACUGUGCAGACGCGUCAUCUUCAAGUCGCAGGCGAAGCCAAACAGGCAUGUGGACGAAAACGACGAGAAGAUGAUGAUGGGGGAACCCAGCACAGCUUGAUGGUUGCUGAUGCAUAGACCAAAUCUGUUAAAACUGGUUUUAUGUUAAAUCAUAUACAAUUAUUUUUAUAAACGUUUACAUAUUUCAUAAGUGUUCAGAGACCCCAUUAUAUAUUUUUGAUAUAUUUUUUUUUAAUGAAUAAUAAUUGAAAAGUUCAAUACAAUGUACUUUUUUAUCCAUCUGUAAUCCUUUGUACUCUAAGAGGUUUACAGAAGUACUUCAUAAUAAACCAUUUUAUUCCCACAAUACUGUGGGCAGUCUCUCUUUCAGUGGCACUGGUUUCCAAAUGCUGCAUUCAUCUCAUCAUCUUGUUGUGCCUUCUUCUGUAUCAGCUGCAAUACAACUGAAGAAACUGAA